UUGUUCGUACUAAAGAGCAGUAUCCACAGAAAGACUUUCUUGUCUUCCUCGCCUCCAGAGACAGCGAGCGAGAGACAGAGCAUGAAGUUCGCAGUAAAGGCAUGGAGCAACGGAAGGGCACGAGCAGGGGUGCUCCAUCUGGGAAGCUGUCCGAGCCCAAUAGAGACACCUUCUCUUCUGCUUUCUACACGUAAAGGGCUGCCCGUUUUCAUUUCCCCUGACCUCCUUCCCUCUCUUCCUUCCCCUGAUUCCCAUCUACUCCAAGUUUCUCCCCUUCACUUCUUGGAAGGCCUUUCACCUAAAACGAUUUCAAGUGUUGGAGGACUUCAUCACAUGCUUGGUCUUCAUGACUAUGGACUUGCUGCGGUAGCUAGGGACUCUGUUAACUGCCUUCCUGAAUGUGAUAGUACUAACAAGUUAGGAGCAUCCUUUGAGACUCCUUGUGGCCGUCUUUUGAUUAAACCUGUUGAAUACAUGGAAAUGAUUUCUUCCUUGGGGCCGAACCUAUGGGCUACCUUGGCUGAUGAAGUGCCUACAUGGGUAUCUGACAAGAGAAACAAGACCUCAGUGGAUCGAACUGUGAGAUGGAUGGAUGAAUGCAUUGCAUUAGGCCCAGCAGGUGGAGCUGUUUUUGGAGCUGUUGUUGGAGGGUCUAGUAUAGAAGAACGCGGACGAUGUGCACAAGAGGUAGCUAGGAGAAAUGUAUCAGGUUACUGGAUUGGAGGCUUUGGGCUAGGAGAAAGCAUGGAUGACCGCCCUGCUCUGCUGAAUGCUGUUACUGAUAUUUUACCAGAGGAAAAGCCACGUCUGAUAUGUGGCCUUGGACUUCCAGGUACCAUGUUUAACAUUUUUUGUGAUAAGGGUGUUGCUUCGGGCAUUGAUCUUUUUGACUCGGUGUAUAUAUAUCACCUUACCCUUGGAGGCUUUGCACUUACCUUUCCGCUAGAUGGAAUUGAUAAAAAGAAAUCUGACUUUCAGCUCAGUGAUAUCGGAGUUGACCAUACAAAGAUUAAUUUAAGGGCUAUAGUAUACAGGAAAGAUGCUUCACCACUAGUCAAAAGCUGUAGCUGCUACACAUGCCAGAACCAUACAAAAGCAUACAUAAAUCAUCUACUCAAUGUUCAUGAAAUGCUGGCUCAAAUUCUGCUUGAAAUACACAAUACUCACCAUUAUCUGGGCUUCUUCCGCUCAAUAAGAGAAGCAGUUAAAGCAGGAAAAUUUGAGCAGUUUCGGCGACAGUUCCUCGAGAGUAGGCGCGACUGUCUUUCCACAGCUGCUGCCGCCAAUGCGUAAUUUAUAAUUUUACACGAUUUUAGUUUUUUAAUUAUUUUUAAUGGGACAGUGCACUUGCUCAAUUAAGUUAUGUAAGGCCUGUUUGGCUGUCGAAAUUUAAAAAAACCUUUGGAAUGAUUGAUUAUCGAGAAUUUAAUGUUAAAAAAAAAAUUUAAAACUC